AUGAUGUUUCAGUCGGUGUUGUCGCAACAGGGAAAACCCUCUGAGACGUCCACAAUAACGACAAACAGGCCCGAAAGCUCCAACCGUGCCAGAGGACUGCCUGAGCCUCCUGCAUCGCCUCCCGACCCCUCUACACAGCCGAACUCUGAAGGCGACAACGCAUUCAAUGCAUAUGGUCGCUGCCAAUCGAAAAAUUCCACUUCCACUAAUGAUGAGACUCAACCGACGUCACAGCCAGGCCCUAUCGUGGAUGCCACGGUGAGUCAAGUAAUGGGAGGUGUUGAAAGCCUAAACAUACCUGGGCCUAGCAUUCCAGAGCAAACGUCAUUGUCUCCGCAAUGCAGCUUGGUUGAGUUGGCUCCUCCCGUAUUGGGCGAACUGACAGUACAUCCCACCGACACGACAUGCCAUUCACCCACCUCCAGUGAUGAUGCCGUUGACAAAACCCGAUUGGCCUCGUGUAACGACGUUGCCUUCACACCAACCCUGAGACAGCUUUUGGAAGACUGCAAAACAGAUCGUGGCUUGUUUCUCCGCAAGGUCGAGGAAUCUCAAGCAGCACUCCCUAACGGACAAGGCUGGCAAGCCGCGAUAGCGACCAAGCAAGACAAUGCCGAUAUGCGCGACUUAUUAAGCAUUUACCACAGGUUUGAAUGCUAUAACAUCUACAGACACGUGGUAGAUGCUGGCUAUCAUACGGGAGAACACUGGAUUCGAGACAAGCGUCAGGAGCUAACCAAGAAGCUUUGUGAUGACUUCCCCGAGCGAUUCGAGAACGCCAAGGCAGCCAACAAGUGCCUGAACUGGGUCGAUCAGGGUUGUAAAUAUCAUGAAUGGACCAAGGCGUUUAGUGAAGACCAAGAGCUAGGCUUUCUCGUUGCGUUGCCAUCAGAGAUACCGCGUUCAGCGUAUGCCCCCAUUCUCAGAUCAUCGGGUCAUGUCUCACAGAUGAUUACCUUGCAGGUACACAUCCAGAUGCACAAAGGAACAGAUGAGUGCAGCUGCUAUGAGAUUCACGGCUCUUGGAAUCUGUGA